AUGAACUACUCUGCUGCCUCGCCGGCUAAUUCGCUGCUGCGCACACCUGUGACACAGCCUGCCUACCUGGAUGCACAGUCAUUCAUGUCGACCUUGACAAUCAGUCCUCAAUUGAGGCUUUGGCGACACGAUGCUAUUGUUCAGCACCACGACACAACUGCUGCAUACAUUGGUGAAAAGGUACUGGCUCUGACAUCUGACCCGAAUGAUGCCUUUUGGCUCGCACAAGCGUACUACAACGCGAGAUACUAUGCACGAGCACAUAAUGUUCUGCUUCAGCGCAAUCUGACGGGUAUCAGUGUCGCGUGUCGUUAUCUGGCAGCACAAUGCCUGGUAGCGAUGCAGCGCUGGCAAGAUGCGCUGCAGCUUCUUGGGGAAGAAAAUCCAUUCAGGGUUCGCAAUAUGUUUCAAGAUCAACCAUUGACCAUCAAAGAUUCCGAUGGUGGCAUUAGGCUGGAGGCGUCCAUGUGCCAUCUUCGUGGUCUGAUAUAUGCUAAUCUCAACAAUCUCGACAAGGCCAAGAAGGCAUACCAAGAAGCGCUUCAAGUGGACAUCAAGUGUUAUGAUGCCUUUGACCAGCUCAUUACGAACAGUCUCAUGACACCCGAUGAAGAAUGGGCUUUUCUGGACAGUCUUGACUUCUCUAGUCUGGACGACGAAAAUCAGUCAUUUAUCAAGAUGCUCUAUGGCCUCCGCGUCAGUAAAUACAAUACAAGAGCAGGACCUCUUAUCGCAGACACCGAAACCAAGCUGUUGGCUGCUGGCUUGAAGGAGAAUGCCGACGUGCUUCUCGCCAAGGCAGACUUGCUCUUCACACAAUGCAGAUUCCCCGAAUGUUUGACAACCACGACACGCAUCCUCGAGCUUGAUGCAUACAAAUUCAAUGCCAUGCCUUUACAUCUCACAUGUCUCCAUGAGCUUGGUUUCAAGAAUGAUUUGUUUCUGCUGUCACAUGACAUGGUCGAACGGCAUCCGGAAGAACCCGUCUCGUGGCUCGCUGUAGGUAUCUACUACAUGUCUAUUGGCAAGAUUGCAGAAGCACGUCGAUACUUCAGCAAAGCAUCCGUCAUGAAUCCGCGAUUUGGAUCUGCGUGGAUUGGCUUUGCCCAUUCCUUUGCUAUCGAGGGUGAGCAUGAUCAAGCUAUUUCAGCAUACACCACUGCUGCAAGGCUGUUUCAAGGCACUCAUUUGCCCUCGCUCUUCCUUGGUAUGCAGCACUUGCAUCUCAACAAUUUCGUCUUGGCGGAUGAGUACCUCGGCACAGCAUACAAAAUGUGCCAGACGGAUCCACUGCUUCUCAAUGAGCUUGGUGUUUUGGUGCCAGCAAUUGAGUGGUUCAAGAGGACCAUCGAAGUAGCCGCCGAAACGGGUGGCAAGGACAAAACUUGGGUCGCGACACAUGCAAAUCUCGGACAUGCCUAUCGCAAGCUCAGGUAUGUGACAAGCAGGCUUGCGCCGCAUGACGCCGCACCGUACUCGGCCUGUGGUCUGAUGUUUAUGCACCUCGGUCAACUCGAUGAGGCCAUCUCAAACUUACAUGAGGCACUCGCCCUGUCACCUUCUGAGCCUCUUGCUACUGACUUAUUGACGAAAGCACUCGAAGAAGCUGCAAGUCAGGCGUUUUUGCCACACGGCAUGGAUGACCACCAAGUAGAUUCUGAAGUUGAUCAUUUACUCAUGCAAACGCGACAACCAAGUCAGGCUGUUGCAGAUCGUCGUCAUGAGCAGCAUCAGCAGUGGCGCGGAGAGGGGAAUCGAGGGGAUACUCAAGCUGGGUCAGAUGAAGAGGACAUGUCCUACUCUGAUUAG